CGCUAACAUCGUCAUAGCGUGUUGAGUUAAUUUUACGUCAUAUGUAUUCAACAUGUAUACGAAAAUCUUAGACAGCUUCAACGAAAUUCUACGGCAGAGUUUCAAUUGUUUUAAUUAUUUUCUGUCUAAUUUAUCGUAAGUGUGACUUUGUAAUCAACACUGUCGGAAAAAAUUAAUUGCGCAGAAUUAAUGUACAUACUAUGAACCGUCUGGAUGAUCCUCCGGGUCUCAUGAAAGGCAGAAAACCAUCUUUCAUUGGAAUGAACGGGGGUCCAGAAACAGAUGAUCAACAACGCUUAAGAUUUCAGGUUGAGUUGGAAUUUGUUCAGUGUCUUGCUAAUCCAAAUUAUUUAAAUUUUCUAGCGCAACGUGGAUAUUUUAAGGACUCAACAUUUAUCAACUAUCUUAAAUAUUUGUUGUACUGGAAGGAACCAGAAUAUGCAAAGUAUUUGAAAUAUCCUAUGUGCUUGUAUUUCUUAGAUUUAUUGCAAUAUGAACACUUUAGGAGAGAAGUUGUAAAUUCUCAGUGUACAAAAUUUAUAGACGAUCAACAAAUUUUAUUAUGGCAACAUUAUACCAGACGUAGGACAAGACUAUUACAGACUGCUGCUGAGCAAACGCAACAUACAAAUCCUCAAAACAAUGAAACAAAUUGAAAUAAAGACGCUCAAAUUGUAGAAUCUGAUUUUGGACGAGCGAUGCUGAAACCUGAAUAGCUGUUCAUAAUUAUUAUGACUAUUUGUGCUUCAAGACAGUGGAAAAGGUGGAAAAUAAUUGAAGAUACUGAAUAGAUGCUGUGGAUUUUACCUGUUUUAGUAAGUCAUUUUGUUUCACUCUGAAACAAUCUGUAUUAAUAUAAUUAUUCAAGUACUGUUCAAUCAUUUUUUUUUUUCAUAUAACAUUUCUUGUAAAACACAUUUUUAUUUGUUAAGAGGAGACAAGUAAUAAAAGGAUGUAUCCAUGUAACAAUAA